AAAAGAUCUGCUCGGCACGUGGCCGACAAGAUGCGAGUACUGUCGAAGCGAACAUACGCUUGCUGCAAUACGCGCGUUGCGAUUGAUAAUUGAACGUAUCGCAACGAUUACGCUUGAUCGCGAUAUAUUGCAACGGCGAAGACGACAUAAUUGCGCGAAUAUCCGCGAGGUUAGCUUUGCUUCGCGGUGUCAGCGAAAUAACCGAUAGUGCUGCUUCAGUGGCUUCCAUUUUCUUUGGUCACUUUUUGCGGUCCGCAGGUACCGUCAAUAUUAUAAACGUGGUCAUUACAGUAAAAGCGACAUGACAAAUCUUCUCGCACCUUUGAUAACUUAUACAUUAUAACGCAAAUAAUAAUCGAACGAAGCACGUAGGGUAGUAAUCCUAUGCGAGAGGAAGAAUCAUCCGCAUAACGAAAUGCCGCAGAACGAGUAUAUCGAGAGGCACCGUAAACUCUACGGUCGUCGCUUGGAUUAUGAGGAAAGAAAGAGAAAAAGGGAGGCUCGCGCGCCUCACAAACGAGCGGAGCAAGCCCGUAGUUUGCGCGGUCUCAAGGCCAAGAUGUUCAAUAAGGAGCGACGCAACGAGAAGAUCCAGAUGAAGAAAAAGAUCAAAGCCCAUGAAGAAAGGAAGAUCAAGGAGAAGUCUGAUAAACUGCCAGAAGGAGCUUUGCCUGUCUAUCUGUUGGAUCGUGAUGUGACCCAACGCGCAAAAGUACUGUCCAAUAUGAUCAAGCAGAAACGGAAGGAAAAGGUUGGCAAGUGGGACGUUCCGAUACCUAAAGUCAGAGCGCAAUCAGAAUCGGAAGUUUUUAAAGUUCUGAGAAGUGGCAAAUCAAAGCGAAAGUCUUGGAAAAGAAUGGUGACCAAAGUGACUUUCGUCGGGGAAAACUUUACGAGGAAACCUCCCAAAUUCGAGAGAUUCAUCAGACCAAUGGCGUUGAGGUUUAAAACCGCCCACGUAACUCAUCCUGAGUUGAAAGCAACGUUCUCCUUGCCAAUCAUCGGUGUCAAGAAAAAUCCCAGCUCCCCAAUGUACACAAGUUUGGGUGUUAUCACGAAGGGUACCAUUAUCGAAGUAAACAUCUCGGAAUUGGGUCUUGUGACGCAAUCGGGCAAAGUUGUGUGGGGCAAAUAUGCACAAGUUACCAAUAAUCCUGAAAACGACGGAUGCAUUAACGCUGUUUUGCUUGUAUAAACCGUUUCGAACACACUAUUAUUACCUGUAAGAGACUGCAUUUCUAAAUUAUUCACGUAUGUGAUGAUAAUUUCUUAAAUAAAAAUUUCCCAAGAAA